CACGAAAUCUGGGGCUCGGGUUUCAUUUAUCUUUUAUUGUUGGACAUCGUUAGCAAUCUCCAUUUUGCUUUUCCUGUCGCUCAUUACCCACUGUCCUUUCCGCCCCAGUUACCCCAGGCGUAGUAGCUCUCGCUACUGGCCGAACAGUUCCGAUUAGCGAUCUCUACCAGCGUUUCGGCUCACGUUCCGCUCCUUGCAGGUGGGCCAGCCUUCAGCCGCAACAAUCUAGUCCUAUUCCUCGUAGACGGUUCAGACACGGGACGCUACCGACAGCGGUGUUAGACAGACGUCGAUCUAUUUCUCCGCGAACGCCACCAAUCCCGCAAUCGGUCGAAGAAGAAAUCAUGGAGAAUUCUGGCUUGCCCGACCUAGUAGCAAACCUCAAUCGUUCGCAGCUCCAUGAACUGCAUCACCUCGUGGUUCAGGCUUUGAGUCGCCACGAGCACUCGGAAUUCGCAGAUGACAUCCAAGCAACUUUUGGCGACAGUUCCAUUGAGUUUGACCGUUCCACAUUCUCCUCCUCAGCUCCAACGCUCCAUCAGUCAGGACGUUCAACCCCUCAGGCGGGCUCAAUCACGAGCGAGAACAUUAUUGGACUGGACCAAAGUGUGAUAUACGCGCCGGGUGUCCAAAAUACUGGAAGGUCUCCCGUGCGACUCGCCCGUCCAGACGAUACAGGCUCAUGGAUCGCACUGCCGGGCGAGAACCGACACCAACAACUUCAUUCAGCCUCUCGACCGGACAACUCCCGCGGAAGCGGGCAGAGUCACGCUCCAGUAACGUAUAAUCCAAAUCCACCUCGCAACGCUGCGAACGUUUCGACCGAGCCAAUUUUUUUCUGCACGUUUUGCGCCGAGGAAGGCGAGAGGAAGACGUGCAAGACCAAGCAAGACUGGAAGCGCCAUGAGCAGGACUUCCAUGAGACCGGAAAUGCAUGGCUCUGCCAGGUCGCAGAAUGCUCUGCAAUCUUCUAUUGCGGGGGGGAUUUCAAGAAACAUUUCGACAAACAGCAUGGAGGCCAAGGAAAGCUAGGCGAGAACAAGAAGAUCCAACAACGUCAGCUGGUAUACGGUUGCGGAUUCGAGACUUGCCGCAAGAUCAACUUCAAUUGGAAGAGCCAUUGCGACCACGUCGCAGAGGACAUGCGGGAGGGUCAAACGGAGUGGAACUACACUAGGACUAUCCGUAACCUCUUGAGGUAUCCAACGCUCUCCGGACCCUGGAAAUCCACGUACUCCCGCUUGUCUCCUCAGGUUGGCAUCCUCCAUUCCCAGUUGACGUGGGAUCCCAAGACGACGCGUGAAAUGAGGGAACAAUUAGAGUACCACAACUUUGAACCGGACCUGGCAAGCUUCCUCGAGAGGCUAUUUUGGCGGGGUUGCCCGGAGGAACUAUCUAGAGCCUUCGCCGCUUCAGCUCUGCCGCAGCCGAGCUACUCUCUGCCACCCCUGCCCGCUGAUGCAUCGAGCAACAUCCAAGGUCCUCCGGCCACAUUUGGAGACUCAAUGCAAUACGACAUGAUUGACCCAUCCCUCGAUCUCGCUAGUACAAUCGCUCUCAAUCACACAGGAGAAGCACGCGUGGAGGCCCCCACCUACCCAUACCGCAGCAGGAACAGCGUCAUUAUGGUGGACGCACCGCCACCCUCUGGGGCUGUGGUACCCAAUUCAGCUCAGGAUCAAGAGAUGCAGGUCACUGCCUCUUCGGGCCGGGACCGACCAACAUGGCAAGAAUUCGUCCUCUAUGACUUGCCCACCUAUGCUGCUGAUACGCCUACCUAUGCCGCUAACACGACACCACCACUCGAACCGCCAGUCACCGACGAGAGCAACUCGCCAGGGACGCAUAGCAGGGAGAGGUCUGGCCCAAGACGGAAGUUGAUGAGGAAGAGUAAAGAAUGGCUCACGUCCAAAAGAUCUCAGCAUUUUCACACUAUGGACCACCCGGACCUGCCUCCGAACAUGCAGCUUCCCGGCUCGUUGCCUAGAAAGCCUUCCUCGAACAGUCCACCGGCCGCGGGUACGGAUCGGUUGUACAGUUAUCAGUCUUGAGGGAGAGCAUCUGUCACCGCUGCACAUGCAUUUCAUCAUCAACAGACGGCGGCUUCUAUUGUGAUGCUGUCGUCAUUAUUGGCAGAAAGGCCGGUUUGGGUGAUGCUCUGACAUCCUCUUGGGCGCAUCAUACGCCUAGGACAUCAACAGACCUUGCUCCCCAACAUCACGAAGCCAUACAACUCGCUUAGUGCGAGGGCUCCGGCACGUCAUACCGAGUCGAGGACAUCCUACUCUCUCGACAUCCUGCGCGCUUUCACAUUCACUUCGCUUCUUCAGCCUCCUGGAGGCCGCAUUUUCUUCGCAUGCAUUGCCUCGCAUUUCCUCUCACGAUCGUAAUACAUAAUACUGUACAACAU